GGGAUCAUUGCUCCUCUCACUCUCAACUCCUCACUCGCAUCUUACAGAGUUAGGGCAGCCCACUCACUCACUCACUCACUGAACUCGCCCAUCCUUGAGAACGUUUGUCCUUUUCCGGUGGAAGGAAGAAGAUGUGGAUGCGACUGUACACAUGUUGCUGCCUGCUGAUGCUCAUCCGCUGCUCUGCUUUGACAGCGUAUGAAUGCAGCUCCAGUCAGCUGCAGUGUGCAAACGGCAGGUGCGUGACCCGCAGGUGGAUUUGUGACGGUACAGACGACUGUGGUGAUGGAACUGAUGAACUACCUGAAACAUGCGAGGCCAAAAUGUGCCAAGAUACAGAGUUCAGCUGCGGUGGCCCUGAGAAUCAGUGUAUCGCACUGGGUUGGCACUGUGAUGGUGAAGAUGACUGCAACAACGGCGCAGAUGAGAAAAACUGCAUGAUAAAGCAGUGCUCAGACAACCAGUUCCGCUGCACCACAGGCCAGUGUCUGUCCUCCAAUUAUGUGUGUGACCUUGACCGGGACUGUCCCGAUGGCUCAGAUGAGGCUUCCUGCCCGAAGCCGACGUGCAGCCCAAGCCACUUUCAGUGCAACAACUCAUUGUGCAUACAAGAUAGGUGGCGCUGCGAUGGUGACAAAGACUGCACCGACGGGUCUGAUGAGUGGCCAGAGAACUGUGUGGACAAGCAGCCUGACAAGAAGACUUGCAGAUUGCAUGAAUUCCAGUGCGCCGAUGGCGACUGCAUACACGGCGCAUGGCACUGUGAUGGUGGCACAGACUGUCAGGAUCACUCGGAUGAAGUCAACUGCACUCGCCCUACUUGUCGCCUAGAUGAGUUCCAGUGUAGUGACGGUUCCUGUAUCCAUGGCAGCCGUCAGUGCGACAAAGUGCACGACUGUUCAGACGGUGGCGAUGAGUUGGGCUGCCAAGCAGAAAAUGCGUGUGAUGGCCCCACUCAGUUCAAAUGUCGCAGCGGGGAGUGCAUCAGCAUGGCGAAGGUGUGCGACAGUCAGAGAGACUGCCGGGAUUGGUCGGAUGAACCAGCGUCUGAGUGUUACAAAAACGAGUGCUUGAUUGGAAAUGGAGGCUGUUCCCAUAGCUGCACAGAUCUGAAGAUUGGCUACAACUGUUCCUGCCCUGUAGGUUACACACUGAAGGCGGACAAAAAACAAUGUGAAGACAUCGACGAAUGUGCAGAGCCGGAUAUUUGCAGCCAGAUUUGCAUCAAUGAGCCUGGAACCUAUAAGUGUGAUUGUAAAGAAGGCUAUGCCAUGGACCGUGUUAGGAAGACCUGCAAGGCUGAGUCAGGCACCGUACCCACCCUGUAUUUCACAAACAGACAUGAAGUGAGGGAGAUGACCGUGCAUAACAGCGAGUAUGUGUGUCUGAUGGACGGGCUGAAGAACGCAGUGGCUCUUGACAUUGACAUGCCCAGAAAGAUUAUCUUCUGGUCGGACCUCUCCCACAAGAAAAUCUACAGCUCCAAGAUUGACAUGGCCGCCAACUUAUCUCAGCACACCACGAUCAUUGACACUGAGAUCAAGGCCCCAGAAGGCCUUGCGGUCGACUGGAUCCAUUGCAACAUCUACUGGACCGACAGUUCUUUGCACUCCAUUUCUGUGGCAACAACAGAUGGCAGCAAGAGGAAAACACUGAUCACAGAAAACCUGCAGAAGCCAAGAGCCAUUACAGUGGAUCCAGUGAACAACUUCAUGUACUGGACUGACUGGGGCAAAGAGGCAAAGAUAGAGAAGAGUGGCUUGAAUGGAGCCGACCGAAUCACCUUAGUAUCGGACAACAUUGUGUGGCCGAACGGAAUAACCCUUGACAUGGUCAACCAGAGACUCUACUGGGUGGACUCCAAGUUGCACACACUCUCCAGUGUAGAUGUAAAUGGAGGGACCAGGCACACUGUCAUUUUCAAUCAACAAAAGCUCUUGCACCCCCUCUCUUUGACUGUCUUUGAGGACAAAGUGUUUUGGACAGACACAAGCAAAGGGGCUGUUUUCAGUGCUAACCGUAAGACAGGAAAGGAUAUUACGGAGGUGGCAAGAGACCUGGACCAUCCUGAAGAUAUAGUGCUCUAUCACAACCUCAAGCAGCCAAGCGGUCCAAACUGGUGCACAGAAAGCAACAAUAUCAACGGAGGCUGCGAGUACUUGUGCCUCCCCGCCCCUGUCAUCAAUCAAAACUCUCCGAAAUACACCUGUGCCUGCCCGGAUCACCUGACCAUGGCACCCGACAUGAGGAAAUGUGUAGCAGGCAACAACCAGGCCGUUACUACAACCAUAGCGGCCAAAACAACCACAGGGAAAUUGAAUAUUCAACCCCAAAAUCCCAACGUCUCCUCUCCACAGCCUUCUGUCAAUAGGUAUGUUAAUGGGCCUGCAGAAGCAGAGUCAUCCCACUCUGCAGCUCUCUACAUUGCAAUCCCAAUCGUGGCUCUGAUCUUGCUGGUGUUUGGAACAGUGUUGCUAUGGAGACACUGGCGACUGAGGAACACCAACACCAUCCACUUUGUCAAUCCUGUUUACCAGAAGGCCACCGAGGAUGAGGUGCAUAUAUGCCGAAACAAUACGGAACACUAUGUGUUUCCUCAGAGACAAGUCCUUAAUAUGGAUGAUAUUGAUGUUGCUUGACCCUGAACACGUGAAGGUUUUGACGGGUUUUCCAGCACUAAAAUAAGGCCAUGUUUCUUCUUCAACUUCAAUCUUCCAUAGUGCACCAAACUAUGAAUUAUAUGAAUUCGGGAGGUGGGGCACGCCCUCAGGAUGCCAUCAAGUCGAACCUCAACAUCCUCAGAAUCAAAAGAUUCAGAAGAUGCUUUUACUUGCACAGCUUUUGUCUGAAUGUACUUGCUCCAUAUUCAUAUUUAUUAUUGCCUGGCACCACCAUAUAAUCAUUGGUGCUCCAUGUAAUACUGUCCAAUGAUUGUAUAUGACAAGCGAAGUCGAUUUGUUGCACAAAAGCAACUUGAUGACUCAGACCUGUGUCUUAAUCCACACGUGUGCCUUCUACACAUUUGCUAGGAGUUCAAAUCCAUUCAAAUGCCUUGUUAAUGCUCAGAGUAAUAACUGAUAGUUAACACGCCCUCGCUCUUUAGCCCCAACUUGAUGACCUUGAUGAAUGUUAAGACUGCUAAUACUACAAAGACGUGGUUUACAUUGCAAAUGCUUGAAGCUGCUGAAUUUCUUGAUAUCAACAAAGAUGAAGAAAAUGUUUAGAAUAAAAGAUGUCCGAUGUGACGCAUGUUGCUGUAAAUAAGUGUAGAUAUUUUGAAAGAUAUUCACAUGUUUAACUUGAAUCAGAUUGGGAUUAUUUAUUUAUGAAGUCAAUAUUGGCGUGGUUAUUGUUUGUUGUGGUGUGGCUGUAAAUGUAUUCAUAUAAAAAAAGCCCAAAAUUAUUUGUACCAGAGCUACAUUUUCUUAAUUUUGAAAAUGAUUAAUAUCCCUGAUCUUAUUGGAUAUACAAAGAAUUAAAUAUCUCAACACUACUUUGAUAGUUGCAUUCACUUUUUCACGUAAAAGGUUAUUAAUAAUUUUGGGCUUAACAUUCCACCUCCUACACAGCGCAGCUGUUAUUUAAUAUUUUUGUCAUUUUAUAGAGAAAACACUGUUACAUUCGUCUUUUUUUAUUUAGUGAUGACAAUCACUAUCAUGCAGGCAGCUUGUAUCACUUUGUUUUCACUGUGAAAUAACAGGCACAUACGCUAGAGUGCCAAGAAGAGUGUUGUGUACUUGUUGCACAGCACAUUGCUUGUUUAUUAUUCCGAGUUGUCUUUUUUUUUUAAAUAAAAUAUGUCGCUGAAA